CUCAAAGCUACUGCGUUUCGCCUUUCUGUUCAUGGCGUCGUUACUGAAGUGCAACCCAAACCCAAACCUCCCACCAAUCCGGAAGCACCUCGACCUCAACCUCAGCCCUCAUCACCCAGUCUGACAACACACAUAUACAUACACACCCCAAGAUGCCCAUCGCCAUCCCCAAGACGCCGAAGAAUGGCAUCACAAAGUUCACAAACUGCCGUCUUGUCAAGGGCGACGCCCUCGUGCCAGAAGACAUCUGGGUCAGCUCCGUCACGGGCAAGAUCAUCCACAGCCAGGCCGCUUUUUUCGAUGACCUCUGUCUCCCGGAUGAGACCAUCAACCUGGGCGGCCGCAUCGUGUCGGCCGGUAUGAUUGAUUGCCAGCUCAACGGCGCUUUCGGCUUCAACUUGUCAACGCUGCUCGAGGAUAUGACGCAAUACGGCAAAAAGGUCCGAGAAUUGAACAGAAAACUCGUGUCUACGGGCGUCACGUCCUACGUUCCUACACUCACUAGCCAAAAGCCAGAGCUCUAUCAAGGGGCCCUGCCUUAUCUCGGCGCAUCAGGAGGCUUACAAGCCGCUCACGACGGAGCCGAAUCGCUCGGCGCCCACGUGGAGGGCCCAUUCCUGAACCCCACCAAGAACGGCAUUCACAACGUCGACGUCCUGCAGCAAGCAGAGACCUUUGACGACCUGGUCAGAUGCUACGGCGCCGACAACAUCGAGCCCAGCGCGGCCAACGGCGGCGUCAUCCCGAUCAAGAUGAUCACGGCGGCGCCGGAACGGGGCAACAUGACAAAGAUUAUUCCCGAGCUGCGGGAAAGGGGCAUCAUCUACUCCAUCGGCCACUCGGAAGCGACGUACGAAGAUGCGUCGGCCGCGGUGGCCGCUGGCGCGACGAUGAUUACGCAUCUGUUCAACGCUAUGCGUCCUCUUCACCACCGUAACCCGGGCGUCUUUGGAGUGUUGGGGCUUGCGGAGAGCUUGGCGAGGCCGUACUUUGGCAUUAUUUCGGAUGGUAUCCAUCUCCAUCCGACGACGAUCAAGAUUGCGUUUAAUGCGCAUCCUGAUGGGUUUAUUCUGGUGACGGACGCUAUGCACAUGAUGGGCCUCGCGGAUGGCUCAUAUCAGUGGGUCAAUGGGGAGGAUGUGAAUAACAUCAUCAAGGUUGGCUCCACGCUUUUGCUGGAGGGCACCAACACGAUUGCUGGAAGUGCCGUCACGCUGAUGGAAUGCGUGAACAACUUCCUUCGAUGGUCCGGCACGGGUAUCCCCAAGGCAUUAAAGGCCGUCACUGCGACGCCCGCAGCCAUGCUUGGUCUCCAAGGCGUCAAGGGUUCCUUGGAAGACGGAGCGGACGCCGACUUGGUCAUCUUCUCUGAAGAGAUCAGAGGGGGCGCGACUCAGCUGGUAGUUGACGAGGUCUGGAAGUCCGGGGCGUUGGUAUCCAGCAGGAAGGAUGAUCAAUCGCCGAUUACGCCAUAGAACGACGAACUGCACGAAGUACACGAGUCAAGAUUCUGGGGAUAAGUACCAAACAGGGAAGACACAUCGUAAGAGAAGAGAGAAGAACAGGGUCGGGCCCUACAAUAGACUGUAUACUCAUAGAGCUAGCUGCCAUCCGAACUUGAUGGUGUAAAUGGAUACGUACUAGAUAAAGUCUCCAAGAUGGCUGGGGCUGGUUACUGGUAACACUAAGUAAAGAGGGCCUCGCUUAGUCCUGGCCAGAUUUUGGUUGACUCUUUUGCUAGAGGAUGGUUGCACAACAUCGACGUAGAUUAAUUAGGUAGACGCCGGCAUUCGGCCACGGGUUAAAGAUUUCUUAAUGAUGCAUGAGGUUGCC